AUGGCAGCCACAGCCAUUUUACUUAGUGAACUCAAAAACAUUAAUAACUCUUAUUUUAUAGGUUUCAGGAGUCUCACACACGAAGCAGACAAACAAGGAGAAUAUGCAACUCCACAAGAAAAAACUUUCUCCAUCGGCUUCACCAACCUGAACGAGUCUCUUCAUGAAUUGGAGGACCACGACCUGGAUGCUUUGGUGGCUGACCUCAGGUCAGGGUUACCUCCACAAGAACCUUCCACUCAUGAUGGGAUCAUCACCCUUGUAGACGAUCAAACCUCAACACUGGCUGUGUCUCGGGAGUUUAUGCCAGCUGAUACCUGCACCAGACUGACCGCACAAUCACUCAGACAGGUGAAGACCUCAUUUACAUCUGAUAUUAGAGAUAAAACUGGAAUUUCUGAAGAACCCCAGUCAAAGGCAGACAAAGUUAAACUAGCUCUGGAGAAGCUGAAGGAAGCCAAAGUGAGGAAGCUAAUAAUAAAGGUGGUGAUGAGUGACAACAGCUCCAAGACUUUGAUGGUGGAUGAGAGGCAGACGGUGCGAGAGGUUCUGGACAAGUUGUUUGAGAAGACACACUGUGACUGCAGCAUCAACUGGAGUCUGUGUGAGACCAAUCCUGAGCUGCAGAUUGAAAGAAGCUUUGAAGAUCACGAGAACCUGGUGGAACGGCUGUCUGCCUGGACUCGACACAGCGAAAACAAAAUCUACUUUUUGUUGAGACCUCAGAAGUAUGUGAUGUUCACAGAGCCUCAGCUGUUCUACCUGUGGAAAAAGUCCAAAGCUAAUUUGUGUGGCAUUAACAAUCAGGCCAAAGAGCUUCUAAUCAAGGAGAAUUUUGGAGGAUCUACACAGAUAGUUCCUGAUCUUGAAGGGAUGUUGUAUCUGAAGGAGGAUGGGAAGAAGGUUUGGAAACCUCGUUACUUCGUGCUCAGGGCCUCGGGGAUCUACUAUGUACCUAAAGGCAAAACAAAGUCAUCUUCUGAUCUUGCCUGUUUUGUCCAUUUUGAUAAAGUCAACAUCUACAUGACCAGUGACUACAAACAGAAGUACAGAGCUCCCACCAACUUCUGCUUCAUCUUAAAGCAUCCACAUAUCCAGAUGGAGUCUCCCUAUAUCAAGUUCCUGUGCUGUGAAGAGGAACACACUCUGUUGCUUUGGGUCAUCUCUAUCAGAAUAGCCAAGUAUGGUACCAUCUUGUAUAAAAACUAUCAGGCUGCAGUGAAGAAAGCGUCGACUUUUCAAAGUUUCCCAUCUCCUGCAUAUAAAGGUAAGAACAAGAACGUGAAGAUACAGGAUUUCAUUUGUUAAAUGUAUACAUUUUUUUCUUUCAGUCACUGAAUGUUAGCCAUCAACUGAUAUUUCACAGUUAGUUAAAGAUGAACAGUAAACUGGUGCUGACUAAAUAUUGAUUUUAAUUCAUCUUUACAGACAGUCCCAAUGGUCACACCUCACUGGAAAACUCACAUUCAGGUUCUUCAAACAUGGAAGAUUACCCAAAUGAGCCACCACCUGACUUCAUCCCUCCUCCUCCAACUAACCUCUGAAACAAUGCUUACGUUUUUUUUGUUGUUGUUGUUUUUUUACAAUGGCUAUCGUCCAGUCUGAAGUGGUGGAACUGCACAAGUACUUUUCUCACAAAAUUGAAUUAUGUGGCCCCGAAAAGAUCCUUGACCAAAUUAUUAAUAAGAAUCUUUCUUUUUACUAAAGUUAAACUGAUAAAACUGUUGCUUUCAAAUUGUGGUUAGAAUUAUUCUGAAAACCAAACAAAUUAAAUAGUGUACCUAAUAAUAAUGGGUGGUGAAGACAUUAGAGGUGAACACUAAGACCAAGGUACAUCAGUGUCAGUGCACACAAUCGGUCACUGUCUGAGCCAAAAUGGAUUUAAAGGAAGACAACCGAAGAGAAUUAUAAAAAAGUGAGACUUCGGUUCAAUGAAAGGCACAUUUCCAAGUCUCAAAGUUUCUGGGAGAAUGUCCUCUGGAUUGAUGAGACAAAACUGGAACUUUUUGGCAACAAUUCAUAUCCAUUCCAUUUUCCACAGACCCCAACCUAAAACACACAAAGAAAAGAACACUUUACGUACUGUUUGGAUUAGGGUUGGGCAUAAUCAUAUCGUGUGCA